CAACUGGUGGAGAAGAUUAUGUCCAAUUCUUCUCGAGAUUCCAAUACUUCUCCCCCAAUUGUAAAUCACAAUAUUGUCAACUCGACUCCAAAAAGAUCGGGAGCAAAGGCGAAUAGAUACCAAUCAUUUUACGACCAAUCUUUCAAAUUAUCAAAUGCAUUGAAAUCUUCUGAGAGCGUCAAUUUGACUAAACCCAACUCCCCCAAGCAUGUCAAUAUGACAUUAUACAUGUCUUCAAAUAAUUCAUCUACCUUGCAUACUCCUCCACAUCAACCUCAAUCUCAGCCUCAAGGAUUAAGUCAAGCAUUCGGCCAGCCAAAGUUCUAUAAAGAGAGUCUGAGACUUUUGGCUCACUCUUCAAGUUUACCAGUUCUACAAUCUCAAAGGGGAAUGCCUAAAUACCAAAGACAUGGAGAACUCCGAACAAGGUAUAUUGAGAUCAACAAAUUAUCUCCGCCCCCCAGCAUUCAGAGUGCUACUUCUGGUAGUCCUACAAGUUCUCCUAGUAAAGGAACACUUCCAAAAUUCAUUCAGAAGGAUAACAGAAUCGAAAUAUCAGUAACUUCUCCGCAACAACAAACCACUUCCAAUAGUCCAAUCAGCAUAAUUUCAGACACUAACUCGACCAUGACAUCAAACAUAAGUACUGUUCAGUCAACAGAUCAUUCUUCUUUUGUAUCAGAUUCCAAGGAAAGAGAGAAAGAGAGGGCACUUCAAACACCUCCAAUGAUUGUUGUUUCCAAUGAAAAGGAUUCUAACGAUAUUGAGACUGUUCGUAAUUCACCUGUAUUUAUGUCGUCUGGUUCCAAACCACUGUCUCCAACGAAGCGGACACCCAGAAGACCCCUUACCCCAAAUGAACAGAAGGUAAUACAGGAAACAAGAAUUCCUCCGUUCAAAGCCAAUAUGCACCAAAAAAGUGCAAAAAAGCCUCUGGAAUUUAAAGUGCCGGCUCCUAAACGAAUUAAUGACCAUCUGAAGUCUAAGUCUUUGUCAAUGGUAUUGACAGACUUGGCUCCAAAGUUGUCAAAAUCGACAUCUACCCUCGGAGAUGAUUCCUCCAUUAAGUCUAAUAAAUCCAGUAAACUUAUUAGCUGGUUUCGAAGAAAAUAGUGUAUAUUUUGAUGGAAGUGAUAGUGCACCAAUAAUAUUUAAUAUCUCCCACUAUAGAAAGCGGUUGGCUUGUAAACUACGUAAUGCUGUCUCUCGAUGAGUAUGGGGAUAGGUGGUGUCUUUCAUGAUUGCGUUAAUAUGGGUUUUCAAAUAUGACAUGCAAGGCAGGUAUGCAUGAUAUUUCAGCAAAGAAGGUUGUUAGUUAAAAACAAGUACUUCCUACAAAUGAUACUUCUAUGUUGAAGCAUUUAUCCAUCUAAAAAUAGAAACGAGUUAAUGUGGAGCACAAUGGCCCAUUGACUCUUAAAAUGGACUCUAGGUAUUUUUGUUUUCUUGGAUUCCUUGGAUAGUUUUAUAUGGGAUUUUUGCUCAUUCACUGAGAAAUCGUUCUAAAAUUAUAUAUUCCAAAAAAAGUUGACUGCAAAUAACCUUCAAAGCUUUUCCCGCGUUUUAUCGCCCGUUACUUGGAAAGCCUUUAAGCUAUCGAUUUCGUGCGCAUACUAACUUACAUUUGGAAAAGAAAAUUACGCGAUCUAUAUCUCCAUCAAUCAACUAUGUUUUACCCAUUACCAGAUGACUUUUUCAUUCAACUUAAGAACAAAUAUGAUGAGGCGGUUGCCAAUAACUUCUUGAACUUCAAUGGAGAUUCAGUAAAGAAUGAAAGUUUGAAGGUCACUCUUGGAGAUGACAGCAACCUGGUGACAAUAGACUUACAAUACAGCACCAUUCAUUCAUUAAUGCUCAGGCCAGAAAAAGGUGAUUUCAAGAAGAAUCCUUUUGAAGAUCCAGAGCCAGAAUUAACCAUAAUAGAGGAUUUUGGGGCACAAAAUCAAUUCAGAAUUGUUUAUAAUAAAUUCCCUGUUGUUCCGAGACACAUCAUGUUGUUGACCAAAGAAUUCAAAUCCCAAACAACACCAUUAUCACCUGACGAAUUGAUCGGCACAUUCUCUAUUUUAAAGAAACUUAGUGAAGACAAGGAAAAUCAAUGGUUUGGAUUCUAUAACUGUGGUGAAGCAAGUGGGGCAUCUCAACCUCAUAAACAUGUCCAAUUUAUGACGCUUCCAAAAGACUUUACCCCUUUCCCACUACUUGCAGUCGAAAAUUCUGAUUCUUUUAUCCCCACGACAAAGAGAGAACCAUUACAACUUCCUGAACUUCCAAUGGCUCAUUUUAUAGCCAAAUUACCUCCAAAACUUGACGACUUAGACGAAGAGAGUUUGGUGUUAUACUUCUCGUCUCUUUUGCAACGGGCUCUAACUGUAUUGAGAGAAAAUGAUGCCAAGUCCAUUUCGUAUAAUGUUAUAAUGACCACAUCAUUCAUGAUGGUGGUUCCAAGAUCUCAUGGCAAGUAUGAAGAUUUGGGCAUUAACUCAUGUGGAAUCCUUGGGUUAUUCUUGUUCAAGAGCGACGAUCUACUUGCAAGAGUCAAAGAGAGUACCCCACAGAAGGUCUGGCAAGAUGUUGGAUUCCCGAAUACUUUUGGUCAGCCUUCCGAUGAAUAUCAUUAUUAGACAGAGAAUAUAUAAAUAUCAUUUUGCUCUCGCUCUAAUGACCUGCCUAUUUUGGAAGUCAAGCUUGAACCAAUGAAAACCUUGUAAAUUCGCAU